AUGAGUCUCAUCAACGAAGGCAAGGGAGGACCACCCAGAGCCUCCAGCGUGUUGCCAGCACCAACGGAGAAGAGUCCCGGGACUUCAACUCCAGCUCCACCAAACGGCGGAUUUGAUGCCUGGUUGCGUGUGUUCGCUGCGUGGCUCAUCUUCAUCAACACAUGGGGCUUGACUCAAACAUAUGGCACGUUUCAGGAGUUCUAUGAGGGAGCUCAUCUUUCUGGACGCAGCGCAAGUGAUAUCUCAUGGAUCGGUAGUAUGCAGUCCUUUCUCGUCGUCAUUAUCGGUGUCAUUGCCGGCCCGCUGUUCGACAUUGGCUUGCUGAAGCCGUGUUUGUUCGUGGGAAGUGUUCUUAUCGUCUUCGGCAUGAUGAUGCUCUCACUAUGUCAAGAGUAUUGGCAGAUUUUUCUCGCCCAAGGAAUCGUGGUAGGUUUUGGUGGAGGCAUGCUCUACAUUCCAGCUGUCGCGAUGGUCACUACACAAUUCACGACCAGGCGUCCAAUUGCUGUGGGCUUGGCCUCAUCAGGCUCUAGCAUCGGUGGCAUAAUUUUCCCGUUGAUGUUUCGCAACAUUCAACCACAAGCUGGCUUCGGGUGGGCUGUCCGUGCCAUUGCCUUCGUCAUUCUCAGUACGCUCUGUGCGGCACUUGUCAUCCUUGGGAGACACGAACAGCCCAGACCCGCCAAGCGACGAACCUUCAAGACACUGUUUGCCUUCGCCGCUCUGAAGGAGCCACGCUUCCUCGCCUUUACCGUCUCGCUCUUUUUCAUCUUCCUUGGCUUCUAUAUUCCGCUGUUCUACGUGCCGCUCUAUGCACAAUACGCACUCGAGACUUCAGAGGACUUAGCGUACAACCUCGUCGCUAUUGUUAAUGCAGGGUCCUUUUUCGGUCGAAUUUUGCCCUUCCUGGUCGUACGACUACUGCCUGUAUACAACCUCGCCUUCUGGACGGCAGUCUCGGCAGUCCUUUUGUUCUGCUGGAUUGCUAUCCACAAUGUUGCUGGCUUCAUUGUCUGGACAGUUCUUUACGGUUUCGCGUCCGGUGUUAUUAUCUCGGCCUCACCUUCGGUUGUUGCGCACAAGACACUUUGUCCGGAGAUUACCAACAUCGGGUCCCGGCUUGGCUUGAGCUGGGCUUUUGCCGCUGCUGGCAUUCUCAUUGGUACCCCCAUUGCCGGAGCAGGUGUCAACAUCGCAAGCGCAAACUUCAUCGUUGGGCAGACGUUCUCCGGUGCCAUGAUGGCCGCGGGUGUCGUCCUACUUCUCGUUCCAACCUGGUCGGUAUUCCGUUACAAAAGUCCUGUCUAG